UUACACUACUCUCAAUUUUACGUAGAUAUAUAGUGAUUUUGUCACAGUACAGAUACUUAAAAGGCAAAAUGAAAAUGGGAAUGGACAAUGAAGUUGUCCCGUUGUUGAAGAAAAAGGAUACACAUGUUAAUAUUACAGCGAAUACAGAAGCUCAACUACUUCAGAAGACUGGACGCGUUAAGAAAACAAAGGCUAGACAGACGGCCAUUUUGGGGGCUUGCAUGUACAUGCAUUUAAUGUCGCUGGGGUUUACGGUCGCUCUAGGAGUAAUAUACGUCGAACUGAUUCGUUAUUUUGACACUAAACGUUCGUUGGCGGCUACUGUUCAAAGUUUGUUUCAGGGACUAACAUUUCUGGGAGGAAUAGCUUUUUCUCCUAUUGUGAUUCGGUUUGGUGUAGGAAAAUGUACAAUGAUAGCAUCUACUUGCGGAGCUUUGUCUUUAUUUAUAAGUAUAUGGUCAGUAAAUAUUUACAUGGUUAUAGUCUGCAUCGGAUUUUUCGGUGGUUUGUGUAUGAGUGUUAACUAUUUGAGCGCCUUUGUGGCAGUUGGCUGGACGUUUAGUGGACACAGGAAAGCUGCGCUAGCUGCUCUUACAAUGGCAACAGCGCUAGGACAAAUUUUUCUACCGAACUUAAUUGAGGCACUUAUAGAGCAGUAUGGAUGGACAGGUGCGUGUAUGGUUGCAAGUGGCCUGAUGCUUAACAGUCUUCCAUGUGGACUUAUUUUAUAUUUUUCAAAACACACGUUUCAGGAAAAUGUGAACAACAGUAGCAGCAGUUCUUUGAAAGUAUGCACGUGUAGCUCAAAGAAGGACGUGGCAUUCAUCGUGUUCCUUAUAGUCUGCCUCAUUUAUCCGGGCUGGGGGGCAGUGGAAAGUUGGUUUAUAGUUGAUCUUACGGUGCUGCGUGGAUAUGGUCGGCAGGCGGGCACGGUUUUACUGUCAUUGCUCGGUAUUUUCGGUCUACUAGGACGAAUGAUGGGGACAGCAUUACUGACCGUCUUCCCAACGUUGAGCAUGGCAGUACCUUUAGCAAGUGUUUUUCAGUUCUUUGCCCUCGGACAUUUUAUUGUUAUUUACUUGGAGACCUAUAACGGUAUGUUGGUCGGGUGCUUAAUACGUGGCUUAUCAAUUGGGGCGAUAAUGUGUUUUCAACCAAGCAUGCUCCUAGAACUCCGCGGUAUCGACAGGUUCCCAAGAACAGUAGCAAUAUGCAAUUGUUUUACCGGAAUAGUUCAAAUAAUAAGUGGGUAUUUGGGUGGAACGGUUGCUGACCUUACUGGGGGAUAUGAUAUUGCAUUUUAUGUCGCCACAAUAACGGCUGCUGUGAGUGGGAUGUGUCUUAUCAUCGUAAAGUGUCUUAUUAACAUUGGCAAAAAGACAAAUCUACAAACUGAAUGAUAUAUUCAUUAAGAUAUCGUGUGAAUGUAUAUUGCCAUAAGUCACGAUCAAUGUAGACGCAUAAAGGCAUCUGUGGUAACCAUUAUAAGGCUAUGAUGUCUUACUCUCAGUAGUUUACAUGUAUGUACAUACACACAUAAUUAAAUAAAGCAUUUUGCCAUAUCAAUUGAUCAGAGUAAGUCUAUAAUCAUGCAUAUGCUGCGCUUAUAGAUGCUGUUGGUUGUAUAUAGAUGUAUAUGUUGUUCACAUGAACAUCAUUUUCA